AUGACUCCUACUCCCCUUAUGGGAGAUUCACCAAAAGAACGCUUAACUUCGGGCUUUCCUUUUAUGCGUUCUGGGGUGGACUACGCCGGACCAAUGCUCAUACUUAAUCGUAAGGGCAAAGGUGCUAGGACGACAAAAUGCUAUGUGUGCUUAUUUAUUUGUUUUGUAACGCGCGCUGUACAUUUAGAACUCGUCAGUGACUUGUCAACAGAUGCAUAUUUAUUAGCGUUAAAGAGAUUUAUAUCUAGGCGUGGCAACCCAUGUGAGAUUUUUUCUGAUAAUGGUAGAAAUUUUGUUGGAUUGAUGAAUGACUUUAAACAUUUUUUAGCUAAUUGUUCGUCACAGAUUAUAGAAUAUGCCACGGCUCAGAAUAUUCAAUUCACAUUCAUACCGCCUUAUGCGCCUCAUUUUGGCGGAUUAUGGGAAGCUGGAAUUCGGUCCUGUAAGAAUAUUUUACGUCGUAUAGUAGGAAACGCGCACUUAACCUACGAGGAGUUCAGUACAGUGUUGACACAAAUUGAAGCGGUCCUGAACUCCCGUCCUUUAAGCCCUAUGUCCUCAGAUCCACAAGAUUUGUCACCUCUUAGUCCAGGCCAUUUUCUAGUGGGACGUCCACUUACUGCGCCUGCUGGUGAUGACUUCACUGAGACGCCUGUUUAUCGACUGACACGUUAUCAACGAGUUGAGCAGAUUCGACAGCAAUUUUGGUCCCGUUGGGCGAAAGAAUACGUGUCAGAACUUCAAAUAAGGACUAAAGGAAGGAAGAACACACUUGAACUGCAGCCUGAUAUGCUAGUAGUUAUUAAGGACGACAACCUACCGCCGCUAAAAUGGCAUUUCGGUCGAAUAGUGAAGAUCUUCCCUGGCAAAGACGGCAUCACUAGAGUAGCCGAUAUUCGCACAUCGUCAGGUGUCGUGAGACGCGCUUACAGCAAGAUAUGUCCCUUACUUGAUGACUAA